GCAACGUUAAUGUGUGAAUGGAGUCGUAAACAACAACACAUAUAGUCUAUCUCCUACGGCCUAGGAAUAGAUUGAGACAUCUUGAUCAGUUGUAAGAAACACAGCGCGUUACAGUUUAUGCAAAUGGGUAUAGUGGUGUCUAGAGGAGGAAUGCCUGUUGAGAAAAUCAAAGGCCUGUCUGAAGUCAAUGAAGUUGUGCAUCAUACAGAGAAGUAUGAGUCUGCCGGUUUGUUUUUGAGACGAGGACAGACAUUCAAAAUUGAGAUUGAUUUAAAGAGGGCAUACAAGGAAGACGAGGACCAGUUUAAUAUUAAACUAGAGACAGGGAAAUACCCUAAGAAAAGAAAUGGAUCACUGAUCAGCAUACAAAAGGUUGAGGAGUUUGAAAAGUCUGAAUGGGGUUACCGCCUGCUGAAAUGCUGUGGCACAACACUUGAAGUUGAAAUCAACAUCCCUGCUGAUUGCAUUGUGGCCAAGUAUUCACUUGCUGUGGAAUCAGUUUACAAGCAAAAGGCAAAAAAGAGAUCUGUGUUCUACUAUCUGGAAGGCCCUGUUUAUAUUCUAUACAAUGCUUGGUGUCCAGAGGAUGAAGUUUACAUGAAGGAUGAAAAGCAGCGAGAGGAAUAUGUUCUCAAUGACAAUGGUGCCGUGUUUUGGGGUGGCAGAAGACCAAAACCAUGGUAUUUUGGCCAGUUCACCAAUGCUUCCUUCACUUGUGUGAUGAACCUUCUGGACAGGGUAAGCAUUAAUUACCGUGACACAGCCCGUGAAGUUGCGAGAGCCAUUUCGGCGUUGGCCAAUGAUUCUGACGACCAAGGAGUUUUGACUGGCAAUUGGAGUGGGGAUUACGAUACUGGAGUGAAGCCAUGGGAGUGGACUGGCAGUGUUGCAAUUUUCAAGAAAUACCUCGAAACAGGCAGCCCAGUGCACUAUGGCCAAUGCUGGGUAUUUUCUGGCAUUACAACGUCACUGAUGCGGUCGCUUGGAAUUCCAACAAGAUCAAUAACAAAUUACGACUCUGCUCACGACACGGACAACAACUUGACCUUUGACAAAUAUUUUAGUGCUGAUGGCGACUAUUUGGAUGAAGAAUCGGACGAUUCUUGCUGGAACUUCCAUGUUUGGAACGAGAGCUACAUGUCCAGACCUGACUUACCCCCUGGUUAUGGUGGCUGGCAGGCUUUCGAUGCUACACCGCAGGAGCUUAGCAAAGGCAAAUAUCGAGCAGGCCCCGCGUCGGUUCGGGCAAUCAAAGAAGGCAAGGUCAAUCUGAAAUACGAUACCAAGUUCAUAUUUGCUGAAGUCAAUUCAGACAAAGUUUAUUGGCGGUAUAAUAAAGAAAAGGAGAACUAUGAACCAUUCCGAGUAGACACAGAUGCAGUGGGCCACGACAUAAGUACAGCUUCAUUUGGUUGGUCAAGCUUAUUCAGCAAAGCGCACGACGUCACAUCCGAGUACAAAUACCCCGAGGGAUCCAAGCUGGAGCGCAUUGCGGUUCGCAGGGCAAUGAAAAUCGCCAGGAGUGACGCCCUUGUCAAAGCCCCGAGUGAUGUAAGAUUCUCUAUCGAGGCGCCAGAAAACGUUGUCCGAGGCGAGAAUGUCGUAGCCAACUUGCAAAUGAAGAACACAUCCUCAGAGAAACUGUCCGUUGACGUUUCGCUGACAUCGCAAAUUGUACGCUAUACAGGUGUUGCUCUCAUGAAGCUCAAGAGACGGAAGAAUACCAUAGAGCUAGAAGCUGGUAAAGAGGAAACAACGAAGUUUAGCUUCACGCCGGCUGAAUAUUCUGGCUACAUGGAUGAGAACCCGAUGCUUCGAUUCACUGUCAUGGCGAUUGUCAGCUCAGGACAGACCUAUGCCAAGCAAGCUGUGGUGACCAUUGAGAAGCCACAUCUUGACGUCACAUUAGUUGGCAGGACCAACAACAAAGUGAAGUCUGGUGAGAAGAUAUCCGUCAAAGUUGGCCUAACCUUUCCAUCUGAUGUGAAAAAGCUGACCAAUUGCAAAUUGAUAUUUGAUGGAACCGCUCUUGAAGAUGAAGUUAGCUUUGAUAUACCGGAUACUGAAGAUGACAAACUAAUUGUGGAAAAGUCACUAGAGAUGAAGAAAAUAACAAAAGGACGAGUGAAUUUGCAGAUAAUUGCGAUGCUAUCAGCCAAGGAGAUGACAGGGUUGGAGGGAAUUCUUGCUCUGGACUUGGACAAGUAAGUAACAUGUAGCGUGUAGUUUAGGACGUCUCUUUCUUGAACUCUGGUAUUUAUUCUUAUUUUUCAAUAUCUUGUGUUUUGUUUUUAUAGUUGAGCAAGGUGUCUCGACUCGUGAUUUGAUAUUUUAAUAGCUAAUAGAGAGCUUGAUAUUUGAUAACCUGACUUAAGAACCAUUAACUGUCACGUGUUUGCUUGUGACAAUGAAAAAAUUGAGAGAGCUAACUAAACCGAUCGAAAAAGCGAGCGUUUGAACAACGAGGUCUGAACAAGUUAUUUUGCCUGGAAUUAUCUCAUUGAGCACGGAUGUUGACUUCAUUUUUCAUCGACCAUGCUUUUCCAAUCAUUGCAAUGUCAAAGUUUUUGCAUAUUCAGCGGAGAAUUCUGCAUUUACUACCUCCUUGACUUCCAACUCUCAAUUUAGUCUUCAACAGAGAAAGAACAUAAUUAAAGAGUCGUGUGCUACGAAAGCCUCAAUUCACAAAUUUCUAAACCCUGUAGACCUAUUAUUGUUUAGACAUCAUGAAGAACCAUAGGCCAAAUACUGUUCCAAAGUGCAACAAGUCAUGACAUUUUUCUUGAGUUUUUUCGUAGUUUAAGUUUUGGGGAUGCUAAUUUUGUAGGUAGAUUAAUUCGUAUGAUAAUUUUAGCUUAACAAUUUGUAGUGUUAUUAUAACAGUAGCUGAUUGGUACGUUCCUUGUGGGAAAACGUACUUCUGUUUUUAACGAUGAGAUGUCAAUACUUUUUAAAUAUGAUUUUAUUGUGUA